CGCAGCGCCGCCCGCCCGCGCGCCCCGCCCGCCCCGCCGCCGCCGCCGCCGCCGCCGCGACCCGGCCGGGCUCCAGGGGCCGCUAACGGUCCCGCGCCCCUCGGUGUCCGCGCGCCGCCCCGCGCCCCCGGCCCGGCCGACCAGGCGGCGCUGCGGGCGCUGGGCGCGAUGGGGGCGGCGGAGCCGCUGCGCUCCGUGCUGUGGGUGAAGCAGCAGCGCUGCGCCGUGAGCCUCGACCCCGCGCGGGCGCUGCUGCGCUGGUGGCGGAGCCCGGGGCCCGGAGCCGGCGACCCCGGCGCGGAUGCCUGCUCUGUGCCCGUUUCCGAGAUCAUCACGGUUGAAGAAACAGACGUUAACGGGAAGCAGUACAGCAGCGGGAAGUGGCAGAAGAUGGAAAGGCCUUACGCUUUCACAGUGCAUCGUGUGAGGCGGGCCCGGCGGCACCGCUGGAGGUGGGCGCAGGUGACGUUCUGGUGCGCCGACGAGCAGGUGCACCAGCUGUGGCUGCAGACCCUCAGGGAGCUGCUGGAGAAGCUGACCUCCAGACCCAAGCACUUGCUGGUGUUCGUCAAUCCUGGGGGGAAAGGACACGGCCGGCGGGUCUACGAGAGGAAGGUGGCGCCGCUGUUCGCACUCGCCUCCAUCACCGCCGAGAUCAUCGUGACAGAGCGCGCUAAUCACGCCAAGGAGAGUUUAUACGAGCUCAACAUAGACAAAUACGACGGCAUCGUCUGUGUGGGCGGCGACGGCAUGUUCAGCGAGGUCCUGCACGGCCUGGUGGGCAGGACGCAGAGGGACGCCGGCGUGGACCAGAACCACCCCCGGGCGGCGCUGGUGCCCAGCCCGCUGCGGAUCGGCAUCAUCCCUGCGGGGUCCACGGACUGUGUGUGUUAUUCGACGGUGGGCACGAACGACGCGGAAACCUCAGCUCUGCACAUCAUCCUGGGGGACUCUCUGUCCAUGGACGUGUCGUCCGUGCACCACGGCGGCACGCUGCUGCGCUACUUCGUGUCCCUGCUGGGGUACGGCUUCUACGGGGACCUCAUCAAGGACAGUGAAAAGAAGCGGUGGAUGGGCCUCGUCCGCUACGACUUCUCAGGCCUGAAGACCUUCCUGUCGCAUCACUGCUACGAGGGCACGGUGUCCUUCCUCCCGGCGCAGCACGCCGUGGGCUCUCCCAGGGACAGGAAGCCCUGCCGGGCGGGGUGCUUCGUUUGCAGGCAGAGCCGGCAGCAGCUGGAGGAGGAGCAGAAGAGGUCGCUGUACGGCUUGGAGAGCACGGAGGAGGUGGAAGAGUGGAAAGUCAUCUGCGGGCAGUUCCUGGCCAUCAACGCCACCAACAUGUCCUGCGCGUGUCCCCGGAGCCCCAGGGGCCUCUCGCCGGCCGCCCACCUGGGGGACGGGUCGUCCGACCUCAUCCUCAUCCGGAAGUGCUCCAGGUUCAACUUCCUGAGGUUCCUUGUCAGGCACACCAACCAGGGGGACCAGUUCGACUUCACUUUCGUUGAAGUCUAUCGCGUCAAGAAGUUCCAGUUUGUGUCCAAGACCGCAGGGGACGAGGACAGCAGCGUCGAGGGGCGCGGGAAGAAGCGGUUUGGGCAGCUCUGCAGCGACCACCCGCCGUGCAGCUGCGCCGCCUCCAGCAGCUCCUGGAACUGCGACGGGGAGGUUCUCAAUAGCUCUGCCGUCGAGGUCAGGGUCCACUGCCAGCUGGUCCGGCUCUUUGCCCGCGGAAUCGAGGAGCCGCCCAGGCGGGAAUGGCACAGCUGAGACGCCGCCACGCAUGAGCCACCUCCUCGCCGGGCUCGGGGAAGUGUGGGAAUUAUUUAAGAAAAUGACUACAGACCAAUUAUGUUGCUAUACAUUUAAAUUUAGAAAUUUAUUUUUGAUAGUUAAAUCUCGAUUUUAGAAAGAAAAUACCUUUUGUCGGCAGCUUUGUGGGCGUACCUGGCAUCUUCAGUUCUGCGGGAACCUGUGUGCUGCGUUUCCCAUGGCUCACCCUCAGCAGACGGUAGCUGCUGCGGGAGACGGGUGCUGGCUUCUUCGGUUUCAACCGCGCCGGCCGUGCAGAUCUGAAAACGGCCCCCGUGCCUCUAUUGCAGUCCUCUUAGGGACAGCGCCACGGGAGCGCGUGCCGUCACAGCCAUGCCAUCUGGUUGCGUGGUGUACUCAGGGGCCCCUGAUCUGCUUUACAAGGCUUUCUCUGUGGCAGCCUGUGGUCAGGUUCUGGCAAGUAGUUGACACUCCCGGCUUCCUAUGACCUGCGUUCUAACGUGUGGUUAAGGCGCUGCUCCCGGACCCUUUCUGCCCCGUGCAACUACGGCCUUGCUUUAAGGGACACCUCAGAGUAGCCCGUUCUGGUGCGGGAGAGGCCUGAGAGCAGUGCCACUGCGUCCUUGGGCAUCUCAGUGCUUGCUUUCAUCACACCAGGGAUUCUAGACAAUCCAGCUGGCAGCAGGAACACGCCGGGAGCCCUGGAAACUGGCUGCUUGUGAAGCCCUGGCGUGUGUUUACGCUGAGAACACACGUGUGCUGUCUCGGGACACAGGCGGAUGGCAUAGCUGGGUCCGGGGGGUGGGUGGCCGGGGGCAGCCGGCAUAGCCGGGAUAAAGCUCCUUUGUCCCCUGUGUUGACCUCAGUCGGAGCCCCCGACCCCCGGUGGUGGGGGUUCCCUCGCCCUAGGGUCUCCUUGGCUGCAGCCCCGAGCCCAUGCCUGGUCCGGGUUUGUUCCUCUGUCUUCACGCCCGUUUCUGUGUAUUUAUCGAAAGUUGUGUCCUUUAAACCAGUAGAGGAUAGACCGUGGCCUUGCCGUCAGUGCUGUGGUUUGUCUUCUGCUCAGGCGCUGGGGCCACCGGUCCCGGGGGCUCCUCGCCUCGUGUUGGUGCACGUGUGUGGGAGACACGUCUGAAACAGCUGUGUCUGAAAGGGAAGAGGGUGCACCUUAAACUUGAAUUUGUGAUGAGGGCGUCUGCCUGGUAUGAGAGGCAGGUUGAGGGGCUGUGGGUUCUUCGCACGGUUGUCGGUCCCGUCUGCAUCUAACAGAUGUUGUAUGUUUUGGGAAUUCAUUCGCAGUGAUUUUUUUUUCUUUUUUGGCCGCCCUGGGGCAUGUGGAGUUCCCAGGCCAGGGAUCAGAUACGAGAUGCAGUUGCGACUUACGCCACAUCUGCGGCAGCCCUGGAUCCUUAACCCAUGGUGCCAGGGAGGCUGGGGAUCGACCCUGCGUCCCGGAGCUGCAAGCGAUGCCACCGAUGCCAUUGCACCACAGCGGGAACUCUGCUUGCAGUGAUUUCUGUUUCGAAGUUUGAAACUUCCUCUUCCAUCAUGCGGUUGCACCCACGUCCGGCGAAAGGCAGCUUCAGCAGCGGUUUGUGAAUCGACCCUGUUGUUAAAUAAUGGUGCGGGUCCAAUGGUUUGACAAGUGGCGGGUGACCGGAAAGCCCGGGGCUGAGAGGAAGGUCCAUGUGUCAUUUGUCUCACUGUUUGCCCUGCGGGGUCGGGGGGUUGCAAAAGGGGCGAGACUGGACUGCGGCUCCCCUCGGGGGCGGCUCGGGCUGGGCGGCGCCCUGGAAUGAACGGUGCUGCUUCCCGAGGUCCCCCAGGGAGCCUCCAUCCGCAUCGUCCCCGGAAACGUCUCCCAUCCCGGGCCUGCCCUCAGAGCCUCUGCAAUUCUCGCAAAGCACUCCCGGCCGGAGGGGGAGGCUGCGAUGCCAGCAGGAGACCCAGCCCCCGCCCCGCGGUCCUGGCACCACCGCACACACCGACGUCCAAACCUCGGACCUUGAAGCAGUCCCUGGGGGCCUGCAGCUGUGCCACCCCCACCCCCGGGCGCUGCGCAUGACCCGACCUGGGCCCAGAGCACCCUCGGGACCUCCCCUCGCUGGGACCCUGGGCAGAGCACCCGCGAGGCUGCGCUCUGACGGCCGAGGGCAACAGGAGACCUGCCAGCUGGAUGGGGAAGCCUCGAUCCGUAAGAAGCCUCGUCUGGGCUUUUCCUGCCUUCGUGGCUCGUUGGUCAGGCACGGACUUUCUGGUUAUCGCGCCUGAGGUCUGGGCCUCUGGCUCUGGCUUUCCUGGAUCCCGCGUCCCUGGCCCUGUGGGGGGGAAGGUGGCUUCAUUCCCUUUCUAAUCUUGCUGGCCUCAAGAUUAGACAAUGACAGAUUUGCUCUGAGAUGUUUGAGAAGACAAAUAAAGUUGUUACUUUGGGCAGAA